AUGCUGGGCUUCAACAAUCUGCCAAGCCUGAUGAACUCCGGCAACUUUGGAAACAACCAAGGAGGUGGUGGAAAUAAUGGAAAUUUUGGUAAUAACUCUGGACCCAGCAAUUUCGGCAACUUCGGUGGCGGCAACAACGGUGGAAAUUCCGGCAACUUUGGUAACGAUAGUGGUAACAGCGGAAACUUUGGAAACUUCGGCAAUAAUGGAGGUGGAAACUUCGGCGGCAACAACAACGGCGGCGGUGGUUUCAACAAUGGCAACAACUUCAAUUCUCCUGGAGGCGUUAAUAACUUCGGCAACAAUGGCGGCUCAAAUUUUGGCGGCAACAGUGGAGGAGGUUUCAAUAACGGCGGCAACUUCGGAAACUCGAGCGGUGUCGGCAACUUUGGCCCGAUCGGCGGCGGUCGCAACAAUAACAACGGAAAUUUCGGAAACUCCGGGUUCGGCAACAACGGCGGUGGCGGAGGAUUCAACAAUGGCUCCAACUUUGGCGGUGGCAACUCCAUGGGCGGUGGUGGCAAUUUCGGUCCCAUCGGCGGUGGACGGGGAAAUGAUAUCGAGUAUUAUACAAUCCACAUGCGAGGGCUUCCCUACACUUCGUUUGAAAACGACGUCUUUAAGUUCUUUGAGCCAAUCCGACCAGCUAACGUGCGCAUAAACUACAACAAGAAGGGUCUGCACA